AUGAUAAUUUUACGGAAUUCAAGAGGAUUUGUUAAACAGCUAUUAAAGAAAAUAAAUAUUAUAAACUACCGUAAGAAAGAAUUUAUGAUUUUUCAACAACAUGUAAACUUUUCAUUAAUUAAUAAUAAAACAUAUGAGAAAAAUGUUGAUAAUUUAAAUAAUAAUAAAAAUUUAAUUGAAUUAUAUCAUGAAUUAGUUAAAACAAAUAAAAUAGAAAGUGAUCCUUAUCAAUAUAACUUAGUUUUAGUUUUACAAGCUCUUGAAAAUAAUUUAAAUAAUUAUUAUCGUAAUGUAGAAGAAAAUCUAGAAAAAAAAGAUAUACGUAAAAAGUUUUUCUUUAGUUCUUUUUUCUCAAAAGGAAGGGAUAAGCAUGAAGAAGACACUGAGUUAGAUAAAGAAAUAAAAGAGGAAGAUUUUCAAAAUGAUGAUAAUUUCUUUAUAUAUGUAGACAAUAGAAAGAUAGAUAAAGAUAAUACACUAAGAUAUAUGAAUAUAAAAGAUGAGAGAUAUUUUACUAGUAGUAACAAGGUAGAUGAAAAAGAAAUAAAAUAUAUUAGAGGAUUGUAUGUUCAUGGAAGUGUGGGAAGAGGUAAAACUUAUUUUUUAAAUUUAUUAUUUGAUAGAAUUAAAUUAUGUAAAUUAAGAAUUCAUUAUCAUAACUUUAUGCAAGAAGUUCAUAAAAAUUUUCAUGAAGAAAAAAUAAAUAAUUCAGAAGACCCUAUAAAAAAUAUAUCUAUAAAAAUGAGCAAAAAAUAUAAAUUAAUAUUUAUUGAUGAGUUUCAAGUUGUUCAUAUAUCAGAUGCAAUGGUUAUCAAAUCAUUAUUUAAUCAUCUAUUUUAUAGGGGAACUGUUUUAUUAUGUUCUUCAAAUAGAAAUCCAAUACAUCUUUAUCAUAACGGUCUAAACAGAGAUAGAUUUUUACCUUUUAUAAAAUUAUUAUUUAAGUUUAAUUAUAUAUUUGAAGUUGAUAAUUAUUUUGAUUUUCGAGUAAAAAAUAAGAAUACAGAUAGUAAUAUAUAUAAUAUACCAACAAAAAAUUUUGAAGAAAUUAAAAAAAUAUGUAAUGAUAUUUAUUGUAAAACCUACAAUAAAGAUUUAAAUUACAUAAAGAAAGUUGAGAAGUUUAAUGAAAAAAUUAUUGUCUCUAAUUAUAAAAAAUGCAAUGUACCUUAUAAAUUAAAUAAUUAUGCAAUAUAUUCUUUUGAAGAAUUAUGUAACAAAAAUAUUAGCAUAGAUGAAUAUAAUGCAAUAUCAAAUGAAAGUAAUACUUUAUUUAUUUAUGACAUUGAAAAAAUGAAUGAAGAAAAUAAUGGAAAUGAAAUGAGAAGAUUUAUUUUAUUAAUAGAUAUUUUAUAUGAGAAAAACACAAAAGUUUUUUUUUUUAGUAAUAUUCCCAUUUUUCAAAUUUUUCAGACAAGUUCUAUAAUUUCUUAUUUUCAAAUUCUCAUAGAGAAAAUGAAAAUCAAAUAUGAUAGUUUUGAUGAUUUUAAAAAUUCAUCUAAGGAACAAUUAAAAUGUGACAGCUUUAACAAAGAAAUAUUUAUUCAUAUUAUGUCACAAUUUGAUAUAAAUAGAGAAAUAGGUGAAAAGUUAUUUGAUGCUAUAAAUUAUAAUAUUAAUAAAGAAUAUAUACCUAUAGAGUAUUUAAGACAAAUUUUAUGUUUCCAUAUCAUGAAUUACGAAAUAGAUGUAAAAAAGCAUUUAAAAUAUUUAGAAAAUGAGGAUGUAAAAUUAGAACCUAUUCCUUAUUUAUUAUUUGAUGAAAAAUCGAUAGAUACAUCUCAAGAAAAUACUUUUGCGUCUAUGAGAACAUUAUCGCGAAUUAAGCAUAUGAGCACAUCAUCAUACUUAGAAAAGCACAAAAAGAUAUAUGAGCAUAAUUUAUAA